GAAACGUCAAACGAACCAAAAUUCAAACAUUGCCGGCAUUUGUUUUGAUUUUUGCUGCAAUAAAAAGACGAAUUUUUGCUGAAAAAUGGCUCAUUGGCGUGCAGAAGAAGUAUUUGAUGCUUUUAACGUGUACAUGAACAAAGAACAAGAAGUUCGUGAACAAAUCCGUGAAUGCGUCAAAGAACUCGAUACGCUGAGCAAACAAACAGUAACCAAAUUACAAAUAAUUCAUGCAGAUGUUAAACAAAUCCCGGAUGCCUGUAAACAAGCUCACGAGCAUUUUUCUCGUUUCAAAGAAAUUUACGCGAAAUUAGCAGCUCUCGUGCCUCAAGGACAAUAUUAUCGCUACAACGAUCAUUGGCAUUUUGUUACGCAGCGAAUUGUGUUUUUAAUUGCUCUCGUGCAAUUUUUGGAAAAGGAAGAACUCGUGACACGCGAAGUUGUUGGCGAAAUUUUGGGCAUUAAAGUUUACAACGAAGACGGUUUCCAUCUCGAUGUCGAAGAUUAUUUGUUCGGAUUGUUGAAUCUCGCGACAGAAUUGAGUCGAUUUGCAGUAAAUGCCGUCAUUGCGGAAGAUUUUGAACGUCCCUUGAAGAUUUCCAAGUUUGUGGGAGAACUUAAUUCGGGAUUUCGCUUGUUGAAUCUCAAAAAUGACGGAUUACGGAAGCGAUUUGACGUGCUGAAGUAUGACGUGAAGAAGAUUGAGGAAGUUGUGUACGAUAUUUCGAUUCGAGGAUUGAAAAAUGAGGCAGCAAAAACGAAUAAUUGAAGAUUUUUGUACUUUUUUGAUCCGUUUUGGGAUGAAAACAUGAAAAUAAGACAUUAGUGAUGUAAAAAAAAUAAUUUUUUUUUUGAAAUUCUA